CUGUUCCUACAGGAGGGACACGCUGCGUACAUCUGGUUCAGAAAACCACCCAAACAUCGGAAAGAUUGGAAACAAUGAAGAAUCGCAGAGAUCCCGGUUGCCCAGCGGACCACCCUGGGCCAGAGGAAACUGGGGGGCCGGGCCAGGCCGAUUGUGCCGGCCUGUUGGCUGCGGUACGAAGGGCCGAGCCGGGUGAGGGCAGCGGGGGCCAGGCUUCAUCCUCUCCGGAGAGCGGCAGCCUCAACGGUGACGCCAAGCGACCCGGGAAGAGACAGAGGAGACGCAAACGCUCUCCUCGCGUCAAGAGCCAGGCCACCAGUCCUGUCUAUUCCCUGCUUGGCCUACAGGCCGAAUCCGUGUGGUUCGAUCGGCACAUGUUCGAGGAGGCAGAGGGUGCGUACCAUAGGAAGCUGGUGGAGGCACUCUACGGAAGCGUCGCCCAAACAAAUGAAGCCGUGAUUGCGUCACGUCCUGACUGCGGCCCUGCUAAUCCGGAGACGGCUGCCUCUGUGGGCUCCAGCUAUGAUGACCCGGCUGCCGUGGCCUGUAGCCACGGUGACCUUGUCGCCUGCCACCACGUGGUGCAAGCCGUGUGGGUGAACAAGCUGGCCUUCGACUCCGCUGAGUCCCGAUUCAUGCUGCGGCCCACGUCUGCGUCCGUCUCCACCGCGCCCCGCUCCCUCGCCCUCCCGCUGCCCCAUGAAGAGACCUCACAGAGGACUCCGGAUGAAGGGUACCUGACUCUUACACCCACCCCCGCCACCCCUUCACCUUGCCCCGGCCGCCUCCAGCAGUCGGUCAAUGGUAUGCCCCACUACUCGUCGGCGCUGCGCGGGCUCCUGCAAGAGGUCUGGCUGGAGAAGCCGCUUUAUGACCACGCUGAGGCCUGCUUCUACCAGAGCCUCCACGACGGGCCCCCGGUCUCCAGCACUUCCGGAGGCAGCCGGCGAGGCAGGAGCCACCACAGAGGCAGCCAGGAGCAGGAGGAGGCAGUAUCUAGGCCAGUUUGCUUGGAAGCUGGAGGCUCUCCAACUGAAACUGGACGUUACCGUCCGGAAUCCCAGAAAGCCAAGCGGGACAGUGCCGUCCAGGACAAAAGGGCAGCAGGUGGCCACCUGGACCCGGGCCAUUCCCUCAGGUUCAUGUUGCACCAGGAUGGCGAGCGCAUCUGGCUUGACAGACCUCGUUUCGAGGCAGCUGAACGGCGGUUCUACGAGGCGGCUGCUUUGGCUAAGCAAAGAGGCUCAGGAGGGUUAAAUCGGCCUUCAGCAGCCUCCACCAGUCCUCGCUCUUCUCCUCGGCAUUACAACAUCAUGAGUGCGGAGUACCUGGCCCAGGAGAAGAUCUGGUUUGAUAAGCACCGGUAUGACGAAGCUGAGCGGCAGUACUACGAAAGGAUGAACGGCCCGGUCUCGGCCUCCUCAUCCUCCAGCGCCCCCACACACACAGCUCAGGAGACUGGAGCAAAUACCAUCCUGCAGGACAUUGCAAGAGCCCGUGAGAAUAUCCAGAAAUCCCUAGCCGGAGUCACAAGAGAACAAGCUGCCCUCGGCCUCUUCAGACUGCAACGUGCAGAGAUGAGGACGACUCUGCACCCCUCUGGGCCCCCGCAUGCCCCUCUGCGCUGCCCUGCCCAGCCUAGCGCGGUGUGUCCUGCUGGAGAUCAGAUUGAACUGCUCUCUCGGAUGAGAAGCCUAGAGCUGGAGAACCAGAGUCUGCACAAAGUUGUGGAAGACCUCCGGCUGGCAUUAUUCAAGCUGGAGUCCCGAAUUUCAGUACUAGAGAAGUCACCAGCAGGGGGCGUGCCAGCAGCUGUCCCUGGAGUCCCAGCCAAGGAGGCUCCAGUGCAGCAGUUGAACUCCGCAGCACCAGCAGAGAACAAUGACGACGAUGACGACCUGGAUCUGUUCGGCAGUGAUGAAGAGGAGGAUGAGGAGACCGUGCGAGUGCGGGAGCAGCGGCUGAAAGAGUAUGCCGAGAGGAAGGCCAAGAAGCCUGCCAUCAUCGCCAAGUCCUCCAUUCUAUUGGAUGUCAAGCCGUGGGACGAUGAGACGGACAUGGCCAAGCUGGAGGAGUGUGUGCGGUCAGUACAGGCAGACGGACUGGUCUGGGGGUCCUCCAAACUGGUGCCUGUUGGCUAUGGGAUCCGGAAGCUGCAGAUCCAAUGUGUGGUGGAAGAUGACAAAGUGGGAACUGACAUGCUGGAGGAGGAAAUCACCAAAUUUGAGGACUAUGUCCAGAGUGUUGACGUUGCUGCUUUCAACAAGAUCUGAGAAAGACCUGGACUGUUGGUGCUGUUUUUCUGACGGUUUUCAAUAAAGAGCGGAGCUCUGUGCACACC